GGAUGUGUGUAAGGGAAAGCUCCCUUGCUUUGGUGUCCUUCUGGGUUGGUUUGGAUAGGAGAGGGAUUGGAGUCACAUUUAUACCCAUCUCAGCUUUAGUUUUUUAUCUAACGAGGCCAACUUCAUAAAGUUCAUAAGUGAAAACUGUUUGUAAAGCAACCCAUUCAUCAUAGAUUUCCAGAAAUGUUAGUUUCUUCUCUUGUUUCUCUGAAGUCUUAACUCUUUAGAGCUAAGAAAUAACUGUAUAAUGACAGUUUUUAUUUUUGUCAUGCUUGAGAAAAAGCAUACAGAUGCUUCAGUGUGAAUUUUCUUAUUUUGUCAGAGGCUUUCUGAUUAUUGACCUUUUGUCUACUUGACAAUAAUAAUAUCUACUUGAAGAUAACAAUCUCAAGCUUGAAGCAUUCCUGCCUACAGUGUGUUUAACCAAGCAGGAGGGGACUUCAGCCCACUUUAUUGCAGUACCUGCUUGACAUAUUUUGGCAUGGAUUUAAAAAACAGAGGUUUUUAAAGGGAUCAACAAUUGUAGAAGUAGCUUUACAGUUGUUUUCAAACCUAGGGACUGUUUGAGUUGGCAGAGAUAGUACAGCCUAUGCCUGAGACUGAAGAUUGUGCAAAGGUCAGGUUUUGGUGGAGUCCAGAGAAGCAAACUUUGAUGCAGGGAAGUGGGAGUGCACAGAUGACCACCAGGAGGAAUCAGUCUUCUGGGUAGACCAGUUUUGACAGGUUUUUCCUUCUUGUCAUCUGACCAGCCUUAAAUUGGAAUGUGAGAAACUGGCGAGUGAAAAGACAGAAAUGCAGAGGCACUAUGUGAUGUAUUAUGAAAUGUCAUAUGGAUUAAACAUAGAAAUGCAUAAACAGACUGAAAUCGCCAAGAGAUUGAAUACGAUUUGUGCACAAGUCAUCCCAUUUCUGUCUCAGGAACACCAACAACAGGUGGCGCAGGCUGUCGAACGUGCCAAACAGGUGACCAUGGCAGAGUUGAAUGCCAUCAUCGGGGUACGUGGCCUACCAGGUCUACCUCCUACACAGCAGCAGUUGCAAGCUCAGCAUCUUUCUCAUGGCCACGGACCCCCAGUCCCCUUAACGCCUCACCCUUCGGGACUUCAGCCUCCUGGAAUCCCGCCCCUGGGCGGCAGUGCCGGCCUUCUGGCACUGUCUAGUGCUCUGAGUGGGCAGUCUCACUUGGCAAUAAAAGAUGACAAGAAGCACCACGAUGCAGAGCACCACAGAGACAGAGAACCGGGCACAAGUAAUUCCCUCUUGGUCCCAGACAGUCUAAGAGGUACAGAUAAACGCAGAAAUGGGCCUGAAUUUUCCAAUGACAUCAAAAAAAGAAAGGUGGAUGAUAAGGACUCCAGCCACUAUGACAGUGAUGGUGACAAAAGUGAUGACAAUUUAGUUGUGGAUGUGUCUAAUGAGGACCCUUCGUCUCCGAGAGCAAGCCCCGCCCACUCACCCAGGGAAAAUGGGAUCGACAAAAACCGCCUGCUGAAGAAGGAUGCUUCGAGCAGCCCAGCGUCCACGGCCUCUUCUGGAAGUUCCACUUCUCUGAAAUCCAAAGAAAUGAGCUUGCAUGAAAAAGCCAGCACGCCUGUCCUGAAAUCCAGCACACCGACACCUCGGAGCGACAUGCCAACGCCGGGCACCAGCGCCACUCCAGGACUCCGUCCAGGCCUCGGCAAGCCUCCAGCCAUGGACCCCCUCGUUAACCAAGCGGCGGCUGGCCUGAGGACGCCCCUGGCAGUGCCUGGCCCGUACCCCGCCCCGUUUGGGAUGGUCCCCCACGCUGGCAUGAACGGCGAGCUGACCAGCCCUGGUGCCGCCUACGCCAGCCUCCACAACAUGUCCCCGCAGAUGAGCGCAGCUGCUGCUGCUGCAGCCGUGGUGGCCUAUGGGCGCUCCCCCAUGGUUGGAUUUGAUCCUCCCCCUCACAUGCGAGUCCCUACGAUCCCUCCCAACCUGGCAGGAAUCCCUGGGGGGAAACCUGCAUACUCCUUCCACGUGACGGCCGAUGGCCAGAUGCAGCCGGUCCCUUUCCCCCCCGACGCCCUCAUUGGGCCCGGCAUCCCCCGACACGCUCGCCAGAUCAACACCCUGAACCACGGGGAGGUGGUGUGCGCGGUGACCAUCAGCAACCCCACGAGACACGUGUACACGGGUGGGAAGGGCUGCGUCAAGGUCUGGGACAUCAGCCACCCCGGCAAUAAGAGCCCCGUCUCUCAGCUCGACUGUCUGAAUAGAGAUAACUACAUCCGUUCCUGCAAAUUGCUCCCUGAUGGCUGCACUCUGAUAGUGGGAGGGGAAGCCAGCACUCUCUCCAUUUGGGACCUGGCCGCUCCGACCCCGCGCAUCAAGGCAGAGCUGACGUCCUCGGCCCCCGCCUGCUACGCCCUGGCCAUCAGCCCCGACUCCAAGGUUUGCUUCUCCUGCUGCAGCGACGGCAACAUCGCCGUGUGGGACCUGCACAACCAGACGCUGGUGAGGCAAUUCCAGGGCCACACAGACGGGGCCAGCUGUAUUGACAUUUCUAAUGAUGGCACCAAGCUCUGGACGGGCGGCUUGGACAACACGGUCCGGUCCUGGGACCUGCGCGAAGGGCGGCAGCUGCAGCAGCACGACUUCACGUCACAGAUAUUCUCCCUCGGGUACUGCCCGACCGGGGAGUGGCUCGCUGUGGGCAUGGAGAGCAGCAACGUGGAAGUUCUGCAUGUGAACAAGCCCGACAAGUACCAGCUGCAUCUGCACGAGAGCUGCGUAUUGUCCCUCAAAUUUGCUUACUGUGGUAAAUGGUUCGUGAGCACUGGAAAAGACAACCUCCUCAACGCUUGGCGGACCCCCUACGGAGCUAGCAUAUUCCAGUCCAAAGAGUCCUCAUCUGUGCUCAGCUGUGACAUCUCUGUGGAUGAUAAGUAUAUAGUCACUGGCUCAGGGGACAAGAAGGCUACAGUCUACGAAGUCAUCUACUGAAAACAUUAUGUGUUUUAAUGUUUAUAGUUGAAUUGGGCCAAAAUGUUUUGCAUUUGUAGAAAUAGAAAAGUUGUAACUUUAAAAACAAGAAAACCUGUUUUUAAACCUUGACACGAAACUACUUUGAGUCUCUGAAGAGGAGGCUCUGAGUCCAUCAGCAGAAGGUCACCGACCUGCCUAGACCAAAUGGAGCACCGAGGCAAGGUGGACAGAGGGCCAGGGGCGUAGGCUCGGGGAGCGGAGCCUGCGGCCCGGGCAGCGCCGGCCUGUUUCUUCCGUGUGACCUGCCCACAGCACCUUCCCGUUCCUCGCGGUUCCCCUCAGUUCCGUCCUUGGUAGCGCAGUGGUGUCUCCAAUGAACUCGUUUCCUGGUUUUGCAUCUUGUGAAAUGUUUUUUUGUAUUUUUGUUGAAGGUUAAACAUUUGUAUAAAUUGUAAAUAUAUUUGGUUUAUUACAGUAAAGGCUUUAGUACCAAUAAGUGGCUUUCCU